UUCACACGCUUCUCUUUUGAAUGCUCGGUCGCUGGCUUGUUUGCACAGGUCUCUUGUUGGCGCUCGUCUUGAAUGGCGCUGCGCAAGUCACCUCUGCCGAGCCAACUGUUGCCGACGCUGCAUCCAACUCUACGUCCGAUAAAAAUGCUGCGAUCGGAUUUGGCGCGGUGACCGCUUCCGUCUUCUUGUGGGGUUCCAACUUUGUUCCACUCAAGCGGUUUGAGUCGGGCGACGGUCUGUUCUUCCAGUGGGUGCUGUGCUCAUUCAUCUUCAUGACGGGCAUCGUGGUGAACCUGAUCCAGGGCAGUCCCGAAUUCCACCCCUUCGCCAUGAUUGGCGGUCUCCUCUGGACUACCGGAAACAUUACGGUCGUGCCAAUUGUCCAGCUGCUGGGUCUCGCACAAGGCAUGCUGCUCUGGAGCAGUUCCAACUUGCUGAUGGGCUAUUUCAGCGGUCGGUAUGGCUGGUUUGGUGUCACUCCCGCGCCACCAAAUGACGCCGCUCUGAGCUCGGCCGGUGUGGCGUUGUGCUGUAUCAGUCUUGUGUUUUAUCUUUUCGUUCGUCCGACACUGGAUAACGCAAAGAGUCAGAACAGCGCCGGCUACCUGCCCGACUAUUUGGUCGAGAUCAAAGAUAAUCUCUACACCGUUCAGCCCGAUGCUUCAAAGCCAACGACCUCGUCCCAGUCACCAUCACCGUCAAUGGCCAGUAGCCGCCACAACAUCAACAGCGAUGAGGAAACGCUCUUGAUCAAGACCGAAAUGGUUGAUGACGACGAACCUGCGACUGGAGUGCUCAAGGUUCGACGUGCGUUUUCGAGCAAGCAACAUCGCAGCCUAUCUGGCGCAACGGGCUCAUGGGUAGACAAGCUGGCACCAGCACAACGCACUUGGGUCGGCCGCUCACUUGCCCUUUUCGCUGGAUGCUGCUAUGGCCUCAACUUUACACCUGUUGCUUACGUGCAAGACAAUUAUGAAGGUGCUAGUCAGUCUGGACUCGAUUACGUGUUUGCCCAUUUCACUGGCAUUUACGCCACUUCCACUUGUUACUUUGUGCUCUACUGCAUUGCCAAGAAGAACCAGCCCAUGAUUUACCCGAAGCUCGUGUUGCCUUCGAUGAUCUCCGGCAUCAUGUGGGCCAUCAGCCAGAGCAUGUGGUUUGUUGCCAAUCAGAAUCUCUCGCAAACCAUCAGCUUCCCCAUCAUCUCCACUGGCCCAGGCGUGGUCUCGAGUGUCAUUGGCAUUGUCAUCUUCCACGAAAUUUCCGGCAAGCGCAACUUUAUCUUCCUUGCAUUUGCGUUCGCAUUUGCCUUUGGCGGCGUUAUCAUGACCGCCCUCUCCAACUAGACUGGCUUGAUUUGAUUUGGACGGUUUUUUUUGUUGUGUGUGUGUUUUGCUUUUCUUGUUGAUUGUCUCUUCUUUGUGUUUUCGAUUACUUCCUUCGUUCUUUUGCUCUUUGGUUUGUGCGAAACUGCCAUCGUAUGACAAAUAAGCACAGAUUGAUGGCAUGCACACUGAUGCUCGAGAUUGAACAUUGGAUUGGAUUUUGUGGUGUAUUCAAGCAAAACCGUCGAGUGGAGGCAUUUCAAAAACAGACUGUGACGAGGAUUAGCGCUGUUUCUUGCCGCGAUUUCUCCGAUUGUUGUUGUUGUGGUUAUUGCUGUUGUUGUUGUUGUUGUUGUUGCUGCUGUUGCUGCUGUUGUG